GCGCGCCCCCUUUUUUCCGUGGAGACAGUUUCACUUUCACUUAAGAACGAGGACGGCUGAGCCUUUCUUUGCUAUCUCACCCUGGCGAACGUAUUUAGCUAAAAAAUCAGCCACAGUUUUAAGAUGGCCAUGAAGGAAAUGGUUAUUGAAGUAAACGGGCUCCCGGACAACUACCCCGAAAAUAUGAUGAUUGACAAAUUAACCAUGCACUUUCUGAGGCGCAGUAACAAAGGAGGAGAUGUUUUAACAGUGAUUUAUCCCACCUCCAACAAAGGCCAGGCUUAUGUUGUCUUUGAAUCACCUGAAGUCCCAGGGGUCUUGCAACACACACAUGUUUUGAUAGUGGAGAGUCAGUUUUACCCACUGGACAUUAAAAAGGUGCAUCAACCUCAGCUGGACAUGCCAGCCGAAGCAUUCAUCGAUAUGAACAUGUUCUCCAAUCACAGAAAAAUCCAAGAACUUCUUCAUAGCCAUGGCUUUCAUGUGUCAGAGACCAGCCCAGGACAGCUGCAUUUGCAGGGUUCCUUUCUUAAGCUAAAACUCAUCUAUCCCAAACUUGUGCAGUUUCUGGUUCAAGAAACUCACCCUCAAAGAGGAACACCUUCGCAUUAUACUAAUGGCUACUCCUCUGUCUCCAGAGCUGAAAAAAGUGACUCCAGUGACUAUGAAUCCAGAUCUAAUUUCACAUCGAGGCGCAGACACAACAAUGGCAACUCAGUGUAUGCUGAGGGCAGAAGCACAUCUUCAGGAAUAACCUCAAGAUCCACAGAGUCCCAAUACCGACAGGCAUCCUUGCAGAAUGCAUCUCUACUGGAUAGAAGCUCUAGCACAGAAAGUCCCUUUAGCAGUCCCUCCAGGAUCUAUGAGGAUUCCCGCACAAGCGUUCAGCAGCGGAAUCCCUCAUCUCCCAGGCAAACUGAGGAGUCCAUCCCUGUGGAUCCAGAUGUGUGGAAAUACAUAAUGCACUUUAAGAAAGAUUUUAUAAAUAAAAUAAAAUCAGAUCACCACACUCAUAUUAAUCAUGAAGUUGAAUUAGGGGUGGUUAUGGUUAAAAUCUCAGGAGGAAACUUUGGGGAAGCAGCUAAAGAACUGUCUGAAUUGAUCCAGGAAAUCACUGAUUCUGUACGCACACAAGAAAUAGACAUGAAUGCAUGUGAUGAAAGUCAGAAGAGAGACAUUAUCCAGAAAGCUUACUCAUUUCAACAUAUCUACAGUGUUUUAAUUAGACGGGAAGGUAACAUUAUUAAAGUGCUGGGGUCAUCAAAAGACAGUUAUGAAGCAAAGCAAAAGCUUCUUGGCCGGGACGUUGACAUUGCACCGCCUAAACGCAUGGAGAGGAACAGUUCACGACGCAGCAGCUCUUUGCCAAGACAAAAAACAAGGGCCAGAAUGGAGAACCUAGACAUAGAUCAAAUUGCAGCUACUGUUAGUUGCUCCUCUGCCUCACAUUCCCAAACAGACUCUCAAUCGCAGCAAGAAGUUCAAAAGGAAAGAGGUCGCCAGCCUUCUAAAUCCACUGCAGAUCGCAGGUCACAGAGCGGCUCUCGAUUACAACACAGAAAUCAAAAGAGUGUAAAGCAAGAACCAUCAACUUAUGUUCAGCAGGAUUUGACACCCUCUAGUGGAGUUCAGACAUCUAAACAAGGGCCACUACCUAAAUUAAAAGGUUCUCUGUUUACUGAUAAAAGUAAAAAAUUUCUAAAACGACUGAAACCAUAAUUCAAUAAUUCUACAUUUGAAGCCGUGGCUGAAAAAUACACUUUAAGACUUUUUAGAAUGAAAUUGUUUUAAAAGAGUGAUAUGACUGCUUUGUAUUACUGAUGGUUCUAUUUCUAAUCACAUGUUCAUUCACAUGAAUGUUCUGGGUUCAGUACCAAGUUUGACAGCAAUUUUGCAAUUUAAAAAAAAAAAGGUUACUGUGAGACAAUCAUUGCUUACUAAUUUAUGUGAUGAUGAGAACGACUCAAAUAAUACACAUAAGUUUUAAAGGAAUAAUUAAUUUCAGCAAUAAAAACAAUUAUUAGUUUUACUUUUUUGCUUUUAAACCCUCCAAAAAAUGGGGCCCAUCCACCUUCAUUGUAAGUGCCUCACAAUAUCUUCUUUUUUUUUUUUUCUUUUUUUUUUUAAGAAAACUAGGGAUGAAUCGUUUUUUUUUUUUUUUUUUUUUUGGUUGUAAUCAACAUUAUGCCACAAAUGUUGAUUGAGCUUAACUUGUAUUGAACCCUUGAAAUAUUGCUCUAACUUGUCAAAUCUCAAAAUCACACGGGUUUCUUUGUAAUUAUUGCCUUACAUCUAAUAAAGAAAAUGGGCAUAUACAUGU